AUGUUCCCAGAGAUAGCGGCCUUUUUCGGCCCUUCUGGCCGUUCCCUGACCUACCUACCUACUGGUCAAGUCAGAGACCCUUUUGCGUUCUGCCUUCCCCACUCCCUUCCCCACUCCCUUCCUGUUGCAGAACCGGAGGAUGGAAGUAACACCAACAGUGGUAACCCCACUGACGAUGGCGACAGCAGCAGCGACGAAGACGACGAUGGCACCGUCAGCAGCAGUAGAGGUGACUCCAAGCCAAAAGGUUUUGGAGCGACAGCAGCGGGAAAGGCCGCAGGCAAGGCAGCAGGGAAAAAGAGCAGUGGAAACCGAAAGGGGGGAGGGAAACGGGUGGGUUCCCUUCAGGGAGUUCCCAGGGGGGUGGCGUCUAGAGCACAAGCCGCCGACCCACGCAGGAGGAAUUUUGAGUCUGUGGCUAGAACAGGCGAGGUGGCCAGGGGAAGUGGAGGAAGCGGGGGUAUCGGGAUGAGCAGAGAGGAGGAGGAGAUGUGGGAGAAGAGUAAGGGGAUGGAUGGCGUUUCAGAUAUGGAUAGCCUUGCAGCACUCUGGUUUUUGGGUCUGCCCAUGCCAGGGAUCCCGGAUGGGAAGGGAGGGAUGAGGGUGCCUAGUGAUGCUGAGAUGUUCGUGCAUGUGUUUGUGAAAGGCUUAGCCAAGCGGCAGAUAGGGAUGAGUGAGGGCGGGAAAAGCGGCAGCAGUGAGAGUGGGAGGGAUGGUGAGAGCGGGGGUGAGAGAAACGGGGAGAAGCUAGGCGAACUGUUAAAACUUUUCAAGAGCUCUGGGAGAGGGAAAGAUGGGGGUAUCGGAAGGGGAGAGGAGGGGAAGGGGGUCAUGGUGAUUGAGAGGAGAGAUGGUUCUUCUAAAGAAGUUGAUGUGGCAGAGGCAGAGAGAAAAGCACCAAGCCCUGGCAUCAAAGACGAGCCCUUGGAUGUGCAAGGUGCUAGCAACGAGGCAGACUAUAAGGGGUAUAACGAGGCAGGGGGAGACGAGGGGGAAACGGCGGCUGGGUGGGAUUCGAGCGAGGAAGUGAGGGGUGAGGGGGAGGGGGAAAGCGGGCAGAGAGGGAGGCCAGGGGUUGAGUCUGCGUUGGGAGUGGUGGAAAGGAGAAUGGGAGAGGAGGAGAGGGUUGAGGGGAUUGUGUUGACAGAGGCAGAAGAGAGUGAGGAAGAGGAUAAUGCGGGGUGGAUUGCGAUAGAAAAGGGUAAUGAGGGGCGGAUUGGAGUGGAGGAAGGAAAGGUGGACGCAGCAGGGGGGCGUUCUGAUGUGGAUGAAGGGAUGAGGACGAGGGGAACGGAUCCAAAAGAGAGAGCGCCUGAACGGACGAGAGAGAGACGAGAGACUUCUGAGGCUCCUGAACGAAUGAAAGAGAGUGGAAAGGUGAGAGAAGAGGCGGAGAGGGCUGAGAGGGAGAGCAAGGAGGAGGAGCAGAGGAGAUUGGAAGAGAAGCAGAGGGGGGAGAGGAAGAGGGAGAGGAGGAGGGCGAGGCGAGUGAUGCUGCUGGCAGCUCAGCUUAAGGAGGCGUUGGAGCGGCAAGGCAAGGUGGUUCUUGAGACGCCUCCAAAAUCCGCUCAGUUGAAAGAGGCAAUGGAGAGGCAAGGGGAGGGGAGGCAAGGGGCGAUGGGGCAGGGCGGAGAAGAGGGCGUGUGGGAGGAUGGGGUGGGAGAGAGGAGAGAGGGGGAUGGUGAUGGGGGUGAGGGAGUGUUGGGUGAGGGGCGCAGGGAGGGACAGGAGGGAGAGAUGGGCGAAGGCAAGCGACGGAUGGGAGAAGGGGGAGAGACGAGCGAAGGUGAGAGUGAGACGAGCGAGGAGUUGAAAGCGGUGAAGAUGGAAUAUGGAGGAGACAAAGUGGGGAAGGUGGAAGGAGGAGGGAAUGGUUUAGGAGCAGGAGGGAGUCUAGAUGUGGAGGAGUUGAGAGUGGUGGAUUUGGGGCAGGUAGCGCUGCUGCUGGGGGCUAUUGAAGGGCUCAAGGAGGUUCGGGAUCUGCCGAAGCUGAUGAGCUGGCUCGGCGGUGUGUCGCAGGGGGAAGGCGGUGAGGUUGGUCGUGCUGAGGUGGAUCCGGCCAGUGAUGACGUGUCACUGGGCAGUGCCGAGGUGUCGCAGGUGCUGUAUGAGCUGGCGAUUGCGGAGGAGAGUGAGAAAGCGCUGGCGCUGCUGAGAUGGAUGGAGGAGAGGAGGGAGAGGGAGUGGGAGGGGAUGAGUACGGAUCAACGGAGAAAGAUUGUGGAGGAGGAGAGAGCGAGAGAAGCGAGAAGCCUCGAAAGAGGGAUGCAACGGGGGGGAGAGGGAAUCGAGAGGAGGACGGCGAGUGGGGGAGAGGAUGGGGUGCCAGAAGAAAUUCAAGGAGGAGUGGUAAUUGGGGCGGUUUUGGGGGCACCUGAAAAUACCCAAGAGGGGGUGCUGUUCGGGCCAACGUCGAAUGCGUACGGUGCUGUUGUAACGAUGCUGCUUCGCUUGGGGCGGGUGGAGGAGGCUGAAGCGAUGGUCAUGGGGACAGUGCGAGAGACGCAGGAGCAGCAGGAGAAGGGGCAGAAGGGGCAGAAUGGGCAGCAGGGGCAGCAGGGGCAGCAGUUAAAGCAGCAGCAGGAACAGUGGGAGAAAAUCCAUCCUCCCCUCAUCCCCAUUCCCCACCGUGUCUACUGCCAACUCAUUGGCGCUCUGGUUGGCACCGGCAAGGGCUUGCGAGCACUUGCUGUGUUUUCCAAAAUGAGGAAAGAGCAGGGCCAGGGGCAGAGCACUGGGCAGAGCAAGGGGCAGAGCAAGGGGCAGGGCAAGGGGCAGAGCAAAGGGCAAAGCAAGGGGAAUUGGAAGGGAGGCGGCACAGAGUGGGGGAAAGGUGGGGGAAAGGGGGGUUCCGAACGGGGUUUUAAGUGGGCGGACAAAGGGCCGAGGAAGGCAGGGGAAGGGCGGCCUUCUUUGGCGUUAUGCCACCUGGUGAUGAAGGGGUGCUUGAAGGAGGGCGGGCGGGCGGGCCUGGAGGGAUGCAACGCGCUGGUGGAGGAGAUGUUUGCGAUGGGCGGCAAACUGAAACCCACUCCGCUCACUUUCUCCUUGCUGAUCCGUGCAAUGCUGCAAGAGGGGGAGCUGAAGCGAGCUCCUCGCGUGCUGCGCGAGAGGAUGCCGCGCAGAAACUUGGUUCCGCGCCUGGAGGACGUGCAUGCAGUCAUGAAGGCCCUGCUGGGGCAAGGCAAGGAGGCGGGAGUGGCCGAGGCGAUGAGGAUCAUGAAUGAGAUUCUGGAAGUGAAGGGGGAGGGGUGGAGGAGGGAGAGUACCUUACAGAUGGUCAAACCGAGCGAGCUCACCUUCCGCAUGCUCAUCCUCGGCCUGUGUCGUGAGCGCAACCCCAGUAAGGCCGUGUUCUACCUCACUUGCAUGAUGGACGCGGGACUCAUGCCCGAUAGACAGCUCUUCCGCGCCUGCAUGCUCACACUCUCUGCUCUCGGCAUCACCCGCGAUGCAUUGGAGUUAUUCGAGCUGAUGAGAGGGACGAGGGCUACGCGGGCGCUGAUAGACGCGGACAUGUGCACGCUGUUGCUGGCGGCGCUGGGCAAGCGCGGGCUGGGGCUCGAGAUGAAACGAGUGGCAUCACUCAUGCGCAAGAUGGCGAUCCCUCACAGCGGCGAGUCGUAUGCGCAACUGAUCAUGGGGUAUGCACGGGCGGGCAUGUGGGGCGAGGUGGACGCUUUAGUAGCCGAGAUGGAAGAGCAGACAAGCAGAAGCAACGCCAAUGUUAAUCUGGGUGCCGAUAUUGCUGCUGAGCCUGCCUCUGUCUCUGCCGCUGCUGUUGAAGAGCUGGGGAUUGGGGUGGGGGCGACAGUGCGGGACAGCAUGGCGGUGUGCAAUGCGCUGAUGAUGGCGUAUGGGAGGGCCGGCAGGAUGGAGCAGAUGGAGAUGGUGGUGAAUCGACUCAGAGUGCUGUCGCCAGAUGGCACGCUGCGAUUGGAGUCGUACAACACUCUCCUGGAGGUAUAUGCUCGUCGCUGCGCCCGCAAUCCAAGAAGGCGAGGCAGAAACAAAAGCAGAAGCAGAGCCGGCACUGUUGCUACUGAUACUGCUGCGGAUUCCAAUUCUGAUGCUGCUACUCCUUCCCCUUCGCAAGGGGAAGCUAGGAAACCUCAAGCCCAGUCUGAGGGGGAGGAAGAAGAAGUAGCAGACAAGGAGGGAGAUGGAUACGUGGAAGGGGAUUUGGAGGACGAGCAGGAGGGAGGGGAGUGGGGGGGAGAGGAGGCGGAGGAGGAGGAAGAGGAAGAAGCGGUGAGGGCACGGCAGGCAGCAGCGAUGGCGGAUGUGGCACGGGUGGUGAUGGAGGUGGAGGGGGCAGGGCUCCGCCUCUCCAUGCGCUCCUGUGCUGCUGUCAUGCAGGCGCUGGGGUUGGCAGGGCACUUCGACCAGGUGAAAGGCCUGGUGGCAGCAGCACGCGCACAAGGGCUCUCAUUCUCCCCACCAGUCUACCGCAUGCUCAUAGACAUGCUGGGGCUGAUUGGUGGGGAGGAGAGGGAGAUGAAAGGCUGCCUGGUGGCAGCAGCACGAGCACAGGGCCUCUCAUUCUCCCCCCCAGUGUACCGCAUGCUGAUAGACGUGCUCGGGAGGGGGGGACGACUGGGGGAGGCGCUACUGGUGUUGGAGGAGCUGAAGAGGGUACACCCCGGGCAUGGCAAUUUGUCCGCUUACAAUACUCUCUUGCUGGUGAGUGGUGUACUCGUUAUAAAGGUGUGCACUCGUUACAAGGUGCAUCGAGAUGGGAGCAGUGAAAACUGCCUGGGGGGAGGAGGGGAGACGCUGCUGGUGUUGGAGGAGCUGAAGAGGGUGCACCCGGGGCAUGGCAAUUUGUCGGCUUACAACACUCUCUUGCUGGCCCUCCAAGACGCCCAUCCAGAGCACAUGUUUGCAGUGCUCGCCCUCAUGGCAUCGCAACGCGUGCUGGUGAUCCCACUCCCUUCCCCACCCUUCCCAUGCCCCUCCACGUUUCCUACCCUUUCCCAUGCCCGUCACCCCCUCCCCAUUCCCCUCAGGCCUUACAAGACGCCCAUCCAGAGCACAUGUUCGCAGUGCUUGCCCUCAUGGCAUCACCGCGCGCGCUGCCCAAUUGCAACAGCAUGGCUUGUAAAGAAUGAAUUCAUGUCGUUUGAACCUCCCCUUCACUCCCCCCUCAUGCUUUCUCCUCCCCCCCCCUCCCCUCCUCAUUCCCUCAGGCAUUACAAGACGCCCAUCCAGAGCACAUGUUGCAGUGCUAGCACUCAUGGCAUCAACACGAGUGCUGGUUACCCCUCUCCCCACCCUUCCCCACGCCCCUCACCCCUUCCCCAUGCCACCUCCCCAUCCUUCCCCACCCAUCCCCACGUCUCUCAGGCGCUACAAGACGCCCAUCCAGAGCACAUAUUUGCAGUGCUGGCACUCAUGGCGUCUCAGCGCGUGCUGCCCAAUCGCAACAGCCUGGGUGCCAUGCUGGCAGCGUGUGAGGCUGCCAACUCGCCACGUGGCGCUGCCAGGGUGUACCUCAGCGUGGUUGACACGUGGCGCGACGGGGUUGGCCGGGAGGGAAGUGGAGGCGGUGGGGGGGAGGAUGGGGAGGAGUGGGAGGGAGAGGAAGGGGAGGGAGGGGGCGUGGUUGAUGCGAUUCUUAAGGCUGUGGAAAGAUUUGGUGAGCAAGGGGAGAUGCUUGUGAAAAGGGAGGAGGGGGAGGAGCAGGAGCAGGAGCAGGAGGGGGAGGGGCUGCUGGCAGGGCAGGCCGUGAGGGUGCUGGAGGGACUGCUGGCCAAUGGGAUUGUGCCAUCUGUCAAGUGCUACAGUGAUGUUAUCCAUUGCCUCGGCGAGGAGUUCAGUGCGGUGACCGGGACAGCGACAGAUGCAGCGCUGCUGCUGGAAGAACAGGAGCAGCAGCAGCAGCAGCAACCGUUCUCCUUUCGAUGGUCCUCCGACAUCCAUUCUAGCGAUAAGAACGAUGAGAGUGAUCAGAGUGGUAAGAGUGAUCAGCAUGCUGAUAAGGCCCUUCCCUACACGUACUCCAGCGACCUCCUCCUCCUCUCCUCCCUCCUCUCCAUCCAAAUCGACCGCGGGAAUUUCGACGAAGCCAUGCACACUGCGCAGUUCAUAGUCAACGAGCGCCUAGACGAGUACCUCUAUAACGAGUACAUGGAAGAGGACAAUCGAAACAGGGAUAUUAGGGGAGGAGAUUCCUACAGAGGGAUUCAGGGAGGGAGUGUGCUGCGGAGGGCCGACCCGGCCUUUUUCCCUCUCGUGAUCGGGUUUUUCCGGCUGGCGAGGCUGAUUCCGGUGGUGGAGGGGAGGACGAAGCAGAAUCUGUCGGUGCUGCUGCUGCUGCUCAUGUCGCAGGCUGUGCGGUGCGGGGCCCCGCCGCUGGUGUCCGGGUUUCUGGUUUCUGCGUGGGCUAAGGCGAAUCAGGAGGAAGGGGAGUCUCCUGUUGGGGAUACCAGCAGCAGCAGUUCCGCUAGACGGCCACGUGCUGACGUGGAUUCAGACACCGCUGACGUGGAUCCUAGCACUGCUGACGUGGCAGACAAGAAAACCUCCAGCAAGGAAGAUGCUGACCUGGACGAGCUCGUGGACGACAUCGACAGCAACGCAGACCCCGCAUUCAUGCACGUCCCACCGCGCAUUCUCGCCGAAUUCCGCUCCUUCCUCACCCUCCCGCCCUGCCCCAUUGAAUCCUCCCGUGCCGUUGCCAACGCCAUUAUUGACACGGCCUACUCCCUGCAUCUUACCCAAGCGGCUGUGGACCUUUUCUACGCUGCGAAUGAGGCUCGGAUGUUCCCGGACCUGUUCCGAUUGGAACGGGAUUCGCUGGUGCUGUCUCUCAGGCUCGUGUCGCCUGCUGGGGCUGAGUUGAUAUCUGCCGGAUUCUUCUGCCUUUGGUGCGAUAAAUCUGGACCGUUGCAAUCGUUGAUCCUGCGUCAGACCGGUCUAGAUUCGCUGGAUGAUUUCCGGCUUGCUGAGGGCUUAAGGGACCCGAUUCCGGGGUUUAGGGACCCUAUGGGGGUGACCGGGGUGGGCGUGGGUGUGGGUUUAAGUCCCGAGUAUGAACUGCUUGAGAAUUUGUCUGAAAUGGGGCGAGCGCUAGGGGGUGGAGGUGGGAGGAGUGUGGGGGGUGGUCAAGUGAAGGAGGUUAGGAUUGAGAUUCCUGGGGAGGAUGAGAGGGUGUAUGAGAGAGAGUUGGUGCGGAUGGGAGUGGGGAAGGCAGUGAAGAUGCUGGAAGUGCCUGGGGAGGUGGAGGAGGGGGAGGAGGCGUGGGGGUCUGUCACAUCUCAAGUAGCGUUCCCCGCAGCCUACACAACGGCGCCUGCCGCCCGCGCUGCAGCGUGCUCCGCGCGCGUUUCCCUCCGCACACCUUCCUUCUCCGCGCAAGCCCUCCCCGCGGUGCGCGCAUUCCCUGCGCGGGCGGAGCGCGUCGUCGCCCCGCGCGCAGCGGUGGCGGAGGCGGGGAGCGAGGCGGCGGCGGAGGAGCCUAAGAAGGUGAAGGUGCUGUCCGUCAAGGAGGGCAAGCAACGGCUGCUCCUUAAAUUCGUCUGGCUCGGUGCGUCCGCAUUUCACGCUCCGGGGCCUCUAGGCCAAAGGGUCACUUAG